UGGAUCUGGUAGUCGGCCAGCGAGCAGCAUGGAGGCACCCUGGGGGAUCGUCAACGCUGAGCGGAGCUGGUACGUCUCUGCCCAGCAGCCUGAAGAGGCGGAGGCGGAAGACUUGAGCCCGUUGCUAAGCAACGAAAUUUACAGACAGGGAUCCCCAGGUGUUUCAUUUGGUUUUUCUGUGUUUAAUCUGACGAAUGCCAUCAUGGGAAGUGGCAUCCUUGGCUUAGCUUAUGUUAUGGCUCAUACUGGCAUCCUUGGAUUUAGUGUUUUGCUGUUGAUAGUUGCUGUCCUGGCUUCUUACUCAGUUCACCUCCUGCUUAGUAUGUGCAUUCAGACAGCCGUGACAUCUUAUGAAGAUCUUGGACUCUUUGCAUUUGGAUUACCUGGAAAGGUGGUGGUAGCCGGCACCAUCCUGAUUCAGAAUAUUGGAGCUAUGUCAUCUUAUCUUUUAAUUAUUAAAACAGAGCUUCCUGCUGCUAUUUCAGAAUUUUUGUCUGGAGACCAUACUGGGUCUUGGUAUCUUGAUGGACAAACACUACUAAUAAUCAUUUGUGUUGGCAUUGUGUUCCCUCUUGCACUUCUUCCUAAAAUAGGCUUUCUUGGCUACACAAGUAGUUUAUCAUUUUUCUUUAUGGUGUUCUUUGCUCUCAUGGUAAUAAUUAAAAAGUGGUCCAUUCCUUGUCCUCUGCCAUUAAAUUAUGUAGAGCAAUAUUUCCAGAUUUCAAAUGCUACAGAUGAUUGUAAACCAAGGCUCUUUCAUUUCUCCAAAGAGAGUGUUUAUGCCAUACCUACCAUGGCUUUUUCAUUUCUCUGCCAUACCUCCAUAUUGCCAAUAUACUGUGAACUUCAAAGCCCUUCAAAGAAAAGAAUGCAAAAUGUAACCCAUACAGCAAUUGUUUUAAGUUUUCUCAUUUAUUUUGUAUCUGCACUCUUUGGGUACCUCACUUUUUAUGACAAAGUGGCGUCAGAAUUACUGCAAAGUUAUAGCACAUACUUGCCCCAUGAUGUUGUUGUCAUGACUGUGAAGUUAUGCAUACUAUUUGCUGUGCUUUUGACAGUCCCUCUAAUCCACUUCCCUGCACGGAAAGCUUUAAUGAUGAUAUUUUUCUCCAACUUUCCAUUCUCAUGGAUUCGCCAUUCUUUGAUCACUCUAGCACUCAAUAUUAUCAUUGUUUUGCUUGCAUUAUAUGUUCCUGACAUUAAGAAUGUAUUUGGUAUAGUUGGUUCCAGUACAUCAACAUGUCUGAUUUUUGUAUUCCCAGGACUAUUUUAUCUUAAACUUAGCAGAGAGGAUUUUCUCUCAAGGAAAAAGCUUGGGGCUUUUGUUUUGCUCAUCUUUGGAAUUUUGGUUGGGAAUUUUAGUUUAGCACUAAUCAUUUUUAAUUGGAUUAAUAAAUGAAAGAAAUAUUUUCCUCUUCUUAUGAAGAAUAAUUUACCUCUGUAUGCAAAAAAGGAAUAAUUCUGGAAGACCCCUUGGAUAAAUCCUUUUUAUAUGGGUAAACAUUUUUAUAAACAUUAUUAUCAGAAAAGCAGAACAAAGUGGGAAUAUGUAGGGGAAAGUUGGUUUAUAACAGUUUUAAUUAAAAUAAGAAAUACAAAAUGUUCUUUAGUAUACUAAGUCAAUCUUUGGGUUUUUUUUUAAAUUAAUAGAUUUUGUUUUUUAGGGUAGAUUGAAUGUUUGCAGAACUAUUGAACAGAAUGUACAGAGUUCUUCUAUAUCCCCUCGCCACCAGUACACCCAUAGUUUCCUCUAUUAUUGACAUCUUGCCUUUCUCUGAUACAUUUGUUACACUUGAGGAGCCAAUAUUGAUGCAGUAUUAUUAACUAAAGUACAUAGCUUACCUUAGAGUUCACUAUUGAUGCAGAUAUCAGCAAUCACUGAUCUCUUGAGUGACUUCAUAGAAACUAUGAGCCUUUCGCUGUGAGCCUUUUCUAGAGUGUCAUAUAGUUGGAAUUAUUUAUUAUCUAACCUUUCAGGCUGGCUUCUUUCUCUUAACAAAAUGCAGUUAAGUUUCCUCCAUGCAUUUUCAUAUAACUCGUUUCUUUUUAUCAUUGGAAAAUACUCCAUUUUAUAGAUGUGCCAGUUUGUUUUCUCAUUCACCUGUUGAAGGACCUCUUGGUUGCUUUCAAAGUUCUGAAUAAAGCUGCUAUCAAUA